GAAAUGAGUCAUACGCUAAAUAUAAAAAGGAGAACGUUGUUCUCUUUCUCACCUAACACAUAUGGUAUAAAAUACAGUUAAGUUGCUUAAAAAAAAUGCCACACACUAUUCGGUGUUUCAGUAUUAAAAUGCGGUGUUGUUAAUUAAUUGAAAUGGCAACUAUUGGAGACUCUGUUUCAGCUGGUGAAGUGAGGGAAGAUAUACCUUUAAAACAAGGUUCAAAAUCAAGCGGAUGGUGUUCAUGCGAUGAAGAGACCUUUGGGGGAUCUCGAUUUAUAAACAUCUCCUUUGCAGUUCUUAGUGUUGUAAUUACAGUGGCUCUAUUGGUGCAAAUAUAUUAUGGUGAUUACCAGGUAGCACCACAUGGUAGUGUCGCGACAGACAGUAGGGAAUGUUCAUCUAUUGGCACUUCAGCACUGAAAAGUGGUGGGAACGCUAUCGAUGCAGUAAUUGCAAGCACUCUCUGUUUGGCAGUUGUCAACCCUCACGUUACUGGUUUGGAUGCAAGUGGACAGAUGAUACUUUACAACCACAGAACAAGGGAACCCCCAAUUAGUAUCGAUUUUAGUACUUUAAAUCACGAAAUCACAUUGUUUCCUCGUUUAUUAAUUGGGCUGGCUUAUAUACACAAAAAAUAUAGUAAAUUACCAUGGAAGAAACUUGUACAACCAUCUGCUGAUCUUGCUAAGACUGGUUUUUUGGUAUCGCGCACACUAACUUCAUCGUUUCUGAACUAUCAAGGACCAAAAGAUUGGUUCAGUGGCUCACUUGAAGCCGGAAAUAAAUUAAUUUUGAAUUCAUUGGGAGAUUACUUGACUACGAUUGGAAGUAUUGAGGAAAAAGAUUUGUAUAAAUACGUUUCUAAUAUAAAUGAACCACUACAAUCAUCUGCAGUCAUCUCAAAGUUUAAGAAUUACAACAUUAUUAUGCCCGGUUCCUCCGUUAUUGGCACAACACUACUCUUAAACUUGCAACAAAUCGAUCAUUUAAAUUUUACAACUGGUGAUGUCGCUAAACCCAUCUAUGUUUCUACAAUGGCACAGAUAACAAAAAUGGCUUACGCUAAAUUAAAUGCUAUGGAGAAGUAUUAUGAAGGAACAUCAUCCAAUGUUGCCGUUAUGGAUCUUGAUGACUUCUAUGUAUCAGUAGUUACAGGAAUGUCGAGACCUUUUGGUAGUGGGAACUUAACACCUGGUGGAUACUUUACAGAUGCAAAUUAUUCAGAAAAAUUGAGUCAGAUACCCCUCAUCAUCACAGACAGCAAUUUUAUAUGUGGGCGACGAAUUGUGUUGGGAGUUAGUGAUAUUGUUGUAGGCUCACAAGUUAUUACUGCACUGUUGCUAAAUGCUGAAAACGCAACUAUUAGUGUGGAGGCUCCUAGGUUUCAUAUUUUGCAAAAUGGAGCUAUAGGUGUUGAAGAUGGACAUACUCCCUCAUAUUCAGUGGAUGUGGUAAAUAAAUUAAAUUUGACAAAUGGUGGAGUAGAACAUAUAAAAGAACCGUAUGAUAGUUGUAAUAUAGUUGAAAAAUUUGGGGAUGUUCUAAAUUCCCAUUCAGACAGUAGAGGUGGUGGAAUUGCAAGUCGUUUUUAAAUUAUUGAUUGAUUGUGUACCAAUAAAAUAUUCAACUGUGAUAUUUGUAUUAGCUCUUUUGUCUUAAAAUACAUGCAUAAAAAUCUU